AGUCGUUGUCGGGCUUUCUCUGUGCGGAGUCAGGUGGCAUCCCUCCGUGUUACUCUCCAUCUGCCUGAAGGAAUAAAUCUCAGACAAUUUUUUUUCUUCGUCCUUUUUGCUCUCUCUCGUGAGCCCACGACAGUGUGUCUGGGGGUGCUUUUUUUCGUGCCACAGUUUGGGGGUGUUGUGUGCCGUGGAGUGUCCGGGUAAGAGAUAAAAAGUGAAUAAUGUGCAAAAAGGAGUUUGGAAGAGUCUGAAAAAAGAAAGGACAGAGCAAGAUUGCAUUUGGCUCUCUGUGGAGAAAUGCAUUUGCUAAUGGUGUCUCUUACCCUGAUGGUGCAGAAGUAAAUGCCGAUUUCACCCCUUGUCAACCUCAUCAUCCCUUUACCACGCGAGACUCUGUUUAAACCAUUCAAAUUUCAUUAUAAUCCCAUUUUUGCCCUCGGGUGAUGGUGCCGAAAGCUGGCACAGAUGGGGGAUGUUGGGGGUUGUGUUAAAAAUAUUACAGAGCUCCGUCGGUGAAGGAUAAUGUGCUACAAAAUGUACCCGAAAAAUCUCUACGAGGGUGUGAGCUGUGCUCGCGUGGGCGUUCUCGGGGGCACUUUCAUAUGCCUUUUCAUCUAAUUCCGAGGAGUGUCUUUCGUGAUACACUUUUUAUUUUAAAUUAAAAUUUAAUAACUCCAAAACCAUUUUCGGUCGUUUAAUUUAAUUGCAAAUUUUUUUGAUAAUACAACCACAAGAUCCCCCCAAACCCCUCUGCCGCAUAAAAAUAGCAUUUUGGUGGGGGAGUGCUAGUGUUUUGUGCUUCGAACGUUGCUAUAUGUUAAGUGAAUGAGCACCAGCUGCGGGUGCUGAAAAAAAUAAAUAAAUAAAGGACAAUUAGUGCGUUUUUUUUUGUGUGUAUCCUCCUUAAAGAACUUCUUGACCGUCGAGGCGAAAAUUAUUUCCCAGUGUUUGGUGGAAAAUUCUUUAAAAAAAAGGGAAAUGUAGGGUGUGAUUGUGAGAAACUUGAAAGGAGGAAGUUGAAUUAAGUAAUUUUUUGUUGUUGCUAUAUAUGGGUUGCCCUACAAUCCUGUAUAGGAGAUAAAUCCAAUAAAGUGCAACACUAAAUAGGAUAGAUACACACUAAUGGAUUAAUAUUGCACCAACGCCUGAAGAGAAAACUGCACCAAGAUGUCGCAACUGCUGUAAACUUUCUAACAUAGCAUCACUGUGAAAGGUCCAUGACUUGUGCGAAAUGCGAGAACUUCCAGUGUGGCUCUGGUGUGGCCUCAUCCUUCGUCUGUCAAUACUCAUUGGGCAUUGCCGGGCAACUUCCGGUCCAAAUGGUAUUUUCGCCACAUUCAGCACUCCCGCCGACAUCGGGAAGGAUGCCAUUGAGGAGUCCCUGCAGACCAUACACGACAUAGCGACGGAAAAUCUGGGCAAGUACUGCUUGUCCCGGGCAUUCCGCCCACUGAGAAUACCGCUUCGUGUUGAACGCUACGAAGGAGCACGCCAGAAGGCUGACUUGGCGGCCACCGUGCUCCAAGACGUGGGGGUCAAUCGGCAUGGAGGACUUCUCGAUGCCAUUGCAAAAGGUCUCUUGGGCGAUACUCACGUAACUUCAGCGCGAAUUUUGGCGCUAAAUAUCACAAAUGGAGCAAUAAUCACUGCCGUAUGGUGGAAUCAACAACUUGGUGGUCUCGGUGGACCGCAUCGCGUUGAGGAGGAUGGCGUGAGUGUGGGCUUGAAGCCAGAUAUGAAUUAUCCAUGGUUCGAAGAUGAAAUUUCAUCACCGGGCUUAAGAUCACCAAAGUUUUCACCAAGUCCCAUCAGUGCCUCCUUUAAGGGCUGGUGGACCUACCCCUACUACUUGUGCAGUCAUCGCAGGUGGACGCUCUCGUACAGCGUUGCCAUCCCACCGACAAGUCGCCAUGGAAUACGUGGUUUUCUCAGUGUUGACAUCGAUGUGUCGGAUUUGCAUGUAAAUCAAUGCGACCCAGAGGAUGAAAAUGAAGAGGACGACUUGGAAAUCGACGCCCUACUGGGCUCACAUAAGUGCCAUCCAACUACAAUGCAGUGUGAUCAUCGAUUUUAUGCCGGCGGAAGGUCAAAGGGUACCCUAGGCAGUGGGAAUGGAGAUGGAUGGCGUCGUGGGGAUUACCAAUGCCUCUGUCGCCCAGGCUACUACUCAUCCCGCCAUCCAUUUGGCUUCAAUGGCUCCGUGAUGGAGGUGGCAUAUCAGGAGUAUUGGGACAAUGAGAGUACCAUUUAUGUGGAUAAAUUUCAAUGUCUCAAAUGUGCAGACGGAUGUGGGAAUUGUUUGGGUCCAGCCCCAUGCUUGGCCACAUACAAUUGGGUCUUCCGCAUUACAUUGCUCACCGUGUCUGUGCUAUGUGCCAUUUUUACCAUCAUACUUGCUUUCUAUAUGUAUGGCCACAGGAAAGUCAAGGUAUUUAAAGUGGCGAGUCCUAUCUUCCUCACAAUCACCCUCCUGGGGUGCUCGAUUAUGUACCUCGAGAUGGCCGCUAUUUUCCCCAUCCUCGAUACGUGCAGCUGCAUCGCAACCAAAUGGACACGUCACAUGGGCUUCUGCAUCACGUACACAUCCCUCCUGAUGAAGACUUGGCGUGUUUCCCUCACGUAUCGCGUAAAGUCGGCGCACAAAGUUAAACUCACAGACAAGCAAUUGUUGCAGUGGAUGGUGCCUAUUUUGCUUGUUAUGCUAAUCUACCUUGGCACGUGGACACUGUCUGCUCCGCCAAAUGCCGAGGAGAUUACCGAUCAGUAUGGGUUAAAGUUCAAACAGUGCUCAUACAAUUGGUGGGAUCAUAGUUUAGCCAUUGGGGAAGUUCUCUUCCUAGCCUGGGGCAUCAGAGUCUGCUACAACGUACGACAUGCAGAGUCCAUGUACAACGAGGCAAGGCUCAUCUCCUAUGCCAUCUACAACAUUGCUCUUGUCAAUACAACUAUGGUGGCUUUUCACCUGUUCAUAUUUCCCCAAGCGGGACCGGAUAUAAAGUAUCUUCUGGGAUUCAUACGCACCCAACUGUCGACAUCAGUGACAGUUGCCCUUGUAUUUGGGCCCAAAGUUGUGAGGGUGCUGCGUGGCCAGGGAGAUCAGUGGGACAAUAAGGCACGUGUACGGGGAGUUACAGCAUCAUUCUCCCUCAAUGGCAUUGGCCUAGUGCCGGAGGAUACCCCUGAUUUGUACCAAGAAAAUGAAGAACUUAAGGAGGAAGUUCAAAAGCUCGCUGCCCAGAUUGAAUUUAUGCGAAUUGUCAACAUGGAGAUGAAUAAUCGGCACCUCAAACCAAAGCCCGGUGGUUAUUUUACGUUAACAUCCAGCCUCCAGAGUCCCCUGUGCAAGGCAUCAAGCAGCCAGAGUCAAUCCAUUAAACAAAUGACUUCCCAUGUCAAUAAUGCUACAAUUAGUGACGAUGGACACAGCGGAUCAAACAGCGUGGGUACAAAUUCAAUUGGCUACCCGGCGGCUCCAUCGCAUACAACAAGUGGUCAAAUAAAUAGUAGUGAUCGUGUUUGACAUGGACUCCGAAGUGGCCAGAACUGCUCGUUGGCUUCCAGUUCCACAACCAGCAAUUCCCCAAGUAAGACAUUCGAUAUUCGAAUCCCUAUUUAUGUGUAAAAGGCGCCAACAUUAAACAGUAUUUUGCAGCUCAAUCAAGUUGAACAAAUUGUAAUGCUCAUAAAAAAAGGAAACUCUUUUUUUAAUAUUUUGUUAUUGUCACAAAACUCACGAAAGAAGAUUUUUCUUUCUUACACAUAUAUGUUGAUGUUAUUGAAUUUUCCAUAAGAAUGGAUAAGAAAGCAUUUUACUACGGGGGGUUAUUUUAAGCUUUAUUUCUUCUCCAUUUUUUGGGAUGUUUAUUGAAUGUGUCAUGACCACAAAUUCCGAAAGAAAAAUUGAAAGAAGAACAGGAUAGUGGACGAUGAACAUUUCCAUGUACAUAAACAUAGUGAAUAAGCUGGUUGUCAUUUUACAUAAAAUGCUUAUCCCUUAAGGAUCACGUUAUUACUUCAUGUUCAAUGGUUGAAAGAAAAAAAAAAUGGUAUUAAUAGAUAAGAAUCACAAAUUACUUCACCAUCAGCCAUCAAAUGGCCUUUACAUUUCAUCGUGGUAAGAAAAAACUGGGUGAUAAAAUACCAAUAAAACACUUUAUAAUUUUAUCACCAUCAUCGAGUACUAAUUCUGUUCACUUCGGAGGAAAGAAAAAUGUUGACAAAAAUGUGAGAAAAAAAAGUUUUCCAUUUACAGAUGGAAGAAAAUCCUUGAGAGAUGUUUUUGAAAGAAAAUGAAAGUAAAAUUCUUAUACUAAAUUGUUGAAUUAAGAAUAUUAUUCUUGACAUAGGUAUGGAAUGAUGUUAUUUUGAAAGCUUCUCUAUGAGUACAAAUUAAAACAAAAAUACAAAAUUUGUUAUUAAAUAGGGAGAACUGGGGCAAUUCUGCAUGGUUUAAAUAUUCAAAAAAUAUACAGAAGAACAAGAGCUUUUUGUGUAACAAAAUUACAUACAAAAAAAGAAGGUAUUGAAAGCUCUAAAAGCUCGCAACAAAAUAAUUUGCAGGUUUGCUCCAAUUUUUUCUAUUUUAAUGUAGAUUCAAUUUUUUUAAAUGAUUUUAAUAAAAUAGGACAAUAAAAAAUCAAAAUAUAUACUUACAAGGGCAAAGAAAAAUAUCAAAAAAUAUAUAUUUUUGGUUUUUUUUAGAUCAAAUGGCAUUAGAUAGAAAACUAAAUUAUAAUUUAUCAAUUUAUUCGGAAUGACAUUUUGGACAUUUUGAGCAUUUUCUAAAUAUUUAUUUAAUACAAAAAAAAUAUAAAAGAGAGCGUGGCAAAAAAAUCAUUCAAGGGUUUAGGAAAAGCUCAAAAAUUGUUCUCAGCAGAUAGAGCAAGACAAGGAAUGUUAGCUAUUGAGCUUUUCCUAAACCCUCGAGUGACUUUUUUUGCCCCACUCUCCCCUAGAAUAUAUAUUCUCACCCAAAAAGAUAUUCUAUGAUUUUCGGGGAAUUUUUUGUUGGACACAAGCUCUCAAAAAAGUUGAAGAAAAAAAAUUUGCAAACUGCGAUAAAUUACAAAUUUGUUCAUUUUGCAAAUUUUCCUGCCAAACAAAAACUUCAACUAACAAAUAGUUAUUUUUUUUUCAUGAAAAAAAAGAACAUAGUGGUGCAUUUUAUCAACUUUCCCAGACUGAGUUCCAUUUUAUGGCCGAUUGUAUUUUAUUGUCGCACAAUUCAGGAGUCAGAAACAACCAUGUUUACAGUACUAGUGGGUGGAUUUACCAUUUUACCCGCAUAAGAAUGAGUUGGAGCCCUACAAAAUGUUCCCCGAAUAUAUUUUGGGGGUUUGUGAUGGUGGUGGAAAAAACACAGAGAGAGUGAGAAAGCUCCUCUUUGCGCACCAUGGGUGAGAAAAACAGUUUAUGUAAGCAAUUUUUUUCUAUUUGGAACAAAUUUGCAGGUCGCGAUUUAGAGAGAGAGUAAAAGUUUAACUUUGUGCUUUGUCAUUCCAAGAAGAAGAAAUUUACUUAUUACAGAAACUUUUUUUUUUUGCAAAGAUCAUCAACUUCAUGCCAUAUUUUGGGAGUAAAAAUUCUCACAAACAUACCUUUAACUAUUUACCAUGAAUAGUUGAUAAAGACGCAGAGAUUUUCUCUUUCAUAUAGUAAUUGUUGUAAUUGAACGUGGGUGGGAGAGGAAGUUUAAGGCAUGGAUAUUAAUAUAAAAUUUAAGAAUUUAUUAAAUGAUAAAAUUUGCAUAAAUGUGUUGAAAUAUGUCUCGAGACAUUAAGAUAAAAACUAAAAUUUAGAGCAAAACUUAUUGUCGUAUUAAUAAAGUUUCCUCAAACAUAUUCCCAAACCGAAAAUGUACAGUUAAAACCACAAAAUGAUAUUACAUUAAAUACAUAUAAGGAUGAUAAUCAUACAUAAAA